GAUGUUGGUUGUGUAUGAGGUUGUGGAACAGUGUCAGUUUGGGCAUGUUUCUUCGUGAUUUGAGAGUGUCCCAUUCCAAAUCGUCCAACAGUGCGUGAGUGUGUGUUCUGUGGAGUGUACCGGUGAUUAGUCCUGCUGCUCUGUACUGCUCUGUAAUCUGUCAAGUCUAAGGGAGUCGCUGGUUGUCAAAAGUCCUCAAUGCUCUCAAUGUUGUGUAAGCCACGAUGACGUCAUCAAACAAAUGACACUUUGUCAUUAAACAAAGACGCAUUGAGUGGCAUAGCUGCUAGAAAGCGAGAUUGUGUUGUCCAGAGCAGUAUUUUUUCACUUAAAAGUAUACUAAUGGUUAUAAGUAAGCUUAUUUCAUCAUAUCUGAUGCUUGCUUUAAUAUAUUUAAAUGUGGAACAUUCUCUCUGAGCGCAGUUUGAAACGCCGAGUAUUGACAAUGUAACCACCAUUGCCUUCUGGCCUAGUACAGGUCGAUAACGCAGCAUGAUAUCUGUUAAGUUAUUACGCUGAAAAACCAGCAGCAAACAAUUUGUCUCACCUUUGUUUUUAUUUUCAGGUUCAUCAUGGGUGCUGCUGUUUUUUAUUGUAUUGGCUGAAGCAGGUGUCCCUUCCAACCUGGACUUGUAGCUCUUGGAGGGCCUGGCAACCGAUUUGAGCAAGAACCAAGCCAUCGCCCCGUUCGUCAUGUCCUCGCUCAUGACUCAGGUCUGGGUAGGAGCCACGGGCGGCAUCAAAAACGAGAUGACCCCAGUGCUGGGACUGAGCGGGCCCAGCGACAGGUCUUUCCUGCCGGCCUACAUGUCUGCCAUCGACGAGCUCUCCAGCGGCUGCAGGGACGUCACCACCGCCGUCUUCAACCGCAUCUACCUCCGCAACGGCCGCACCUUCAAGCUCACCUUCAUGGCUCUCCUGCGGCAGUACUACGGCGCUGACAUCAAGACGUUCUCCUCGGAGGCGCGGGCGGCGGCCCAAAUCAAUGCCGAUGUGGCCAGGGUGACCGCAAACCGCAUCACGGACCUCAUCUCCGCUCACGCACUGCGCGAAUCGGGGCUGGUGAGUGUGUGAGUGCACUCUAUUUCAAGGGCCAAUGGCUGAAGACGUUUGAGAGAGAGAGGGCUGGUGCUGGUGAGUGCACUCUAUUUCAAGGGCCAAUGGCUGAAGACGUUUAAGCGAACAGUCAAAGGCC